AUGUUUGGCGAAAACUGUGCACAUACGCCUGGAAAAAAUCCUGAGAAUCUUGUGGCCCAACAUCCUUGUCAUAAAGACAGCGAGGAAGUGGAGAUGGAUUGGGCACAUGCUUAAGGAAGAACCAAGUAACAUCACCCGCAUAACCCUACUCUGGACACCAGAAGGCAAGGGCAAGAGAGGCAGACAAAAAACACUGGGUGGUAAACAGUAGAGGAUGCGAUGAAGACCCUGAACCACACCUAGGGUAGCACUUAGAAGCUGGAGGACUUUUGUUGCUGCCUUUCAUGCCAGCAUGCGUAGCGGGCAGUAAACAUACCUCCAAAUGUUGUCCAUAAACAAAGGGAAUACAAGGUCAGCGUCGUAUUUGACUGCUUAGCAAGAUUCAAGAUUCAUCCAUUAGAUGGACCUGACCUAUAUAACAAUUGACAGGUAAGUACAACUUACAGAUAUCUUUAUGUUAAAACUUGCAGUGUGAAGUAGAUGUUUCAUCAGUUUAAAGUAAGUGUAGCCGACAAGUAAUAUUUGCGAUUACGUUGGUGGCCUAAUAAUGAUGUUAAGUAACAGUUCAAGGAGAACAGGAUAAAGGUGCAUAUGUUUGGGGCAAGGUCCUUUCUGGCUUGUGCCGGGUACAGCUUUUUACAUACGGCUAGUGAAGAGAAAUAAGCAUAGUCAUCAUCCAUCAUCUUAACAAAUACAUUGCAAAUGAUCACAAACUACUUAAAUCAGUACCAGAUAAAGAGAACAUGAGACAUCAUCUUGGUUCUGUCAUCACAAAGACUUCCCAUGCACAGAGCCCUUGGUAUGCUGUGGUCUGUAGGGUUAGACUGCUUUGGUUUUCCUAGCGUGCUAAAGGACCAGUCCUUAACUACAAGGAGGGCAUUUACAAUGGUUUUCUUGUCCCCGUGGUCUUUAGAGCAAAGAAAGUAUUACUGGCAACCUUUAGAAGAGAUGUCGGCUGGUAUGAACCUCAACCUGAAGAGAUUUUGCCAAGGUGAGAGUGAUAGGAACGUGAUAAUCUAUGCCUGAAACAUUUACAAAUUCCAAGAUGCUUUGAGGCAAAGAUGAUGAGCCACAAGAAGACCCAUGAAUUUCACAUUUUUGCUGAUGCAAGCACGUUUGGAUGCAUACAAUGUUUCCACCUUACAGUGCAAAAUGAAGACGAAAACAUGCAUACGUUAUUAGUGAUGGGAGUUCUGGUGUCGCUUCAUUAAAGAUAACUACUGAACCAAGAUGUGAGGUCACAUGCAGUUGUUUCCAAUCUAGAACGGUACCUUUUGAAUGACUGUAAAGUAGUACUUGGUCACGUAGACAAAGGUAAAACAUUUCUUUCGUUUGUCGAAGACACGGUUUAGAUAGAUAAUCAGAUUUAAAACUGACACCAAGCAAUGCUGAUACAUCAACACCAAGAUCCCAGAAAGCCAUGCGUCCAGAGAUUUAACUAAUGAAGAACUAAUGAAGUCCAACAGCUUCAGUGAAUCUGAAUUCCUUUAGGAGAAACAAAUCCCAACAAGUAAAUAAGAGAGUCCUGAUAUUCGAAUUAGAGAACCAGAAGUUAAGGCCGCUGUACACACGACUGUGGUCAAGGAGUCCUUCAACCCAAUUGUCUGCAUGUCAAGAUUCACUAAUUGCACCAGGACAGUUAGAGUGAGGUAGGGACUGAGGAGGUAUACAGUGAUAUUGCCUCGCAUGAUUCCCCAAGCAGUACACAUAGAGUAUUUAGACGACUUGACAACCAAUGCUUUCAUCCGUGCCUUAAGAUGCUUGACAGAUCUAACCAACACUCAAAGCUUGUAGGAGAAAGAGACGAACUUGCAAAUUCUAUGCGGAAGUUGGCAAUGACGGGAUCUAAUCAUAUUUGAGGACUAAUUGCUGCAAAUUCGUUCAUGAAUGUCCCUUAUUUCAGUCACUGGGGAUGAUUAUGAUAAAGACAAAUUAAGAUUACUAGAUUCAUUGUCCUUAAUGAUUACAAGGGAAGAGUCAACUUGUCCUCACUGCUCGCCUUCUGGCAUGAAGUCGUUUCUAUAAUCAACAGUCUGCCAUUGACCAGUCAAUACCUGAAUGAUCCAAAGAAUGUAGAGGCUCUAUCUCAUUAUCAUGUUUUCUUACGAAGAGGGACAGUCAGACACUUCCAUUUCCAGGAAAUUUCGCCAAAGAAGUUUAUGCCCAGAAACGAUUGC